CAGUAGAAGAAGCACAGGCAGACGUUCUGAGUAUUUGUUCAUAAAACUAUUAAUGUGGUUUGUGAAGCUUAUUGGAGCUGUCGCAUCAUUUCACUGCAACAUGACCAAGACACUGAUGCUACUGUUUCUCAUGGGGGUUCUUUGCAGUGAUUAUGAAGUGGAUUAUCUUAAGGAGUCCAUUUGUGCGGCAAAAGGCUCAUCUGUCAUCAUUAACUGUACCUUUCGAUAUCCAACGGAAAGAGUAGAAGAUGUCAUGUGGGGUCAUGAAAGGUCCGAUAUUUUCAACGGACCUUUCAUUUAUCAAAAUACAUUGAUGCCAAACUCUUCAAAAUUUGAAUAUAUUGGUGACAAAGAGAGCAACUGUUCUUUAAAAAUACAUCAAGUGGAGUCUACAGAUAAAGGAAAAUACACCUUUAGGUUUGUAACAACCGCUGAUAAAUGGACUGGUCAAAGUGGCUCAACGAUUAACGUGGUUGAUUUGAACAUUGUGCUGAAUCAUAACCAAACACUGACGGAAGGACGUUCUGUGACUUUGACCUGCAUUGCCAUCAGCAUCCGCCAUAAUUCAUCUGCUUUCAUUUGGUUUAAGAACGGCAAACGUGUACAUGAAGGAGCUGUGCUUCAGUUAAACAACAUGUCGCACACAAACUCUGGAAAUUACACUUGUUCUUCAAAAAUGUGCGUGGGAACAUCAGGAAUUAAACGAAUUGAUGUUGAAUAUGGGCCCAAAAACACAUCUGCGUCUAUUAUAUCAGUGAUGAGCAGUAACAUCACCCUGGUCUGCAGCAGCCAUGCAAACCCCCCGGUGGAGGCUUAUACCUGGUUUAAAACAGCUGGUGGCGGUUCUCUGGUUGUUGCACACCAGUCUGUGUUUUCACCUGCUGAUGGGGGUCAGUACUUCUGCAGCGUCACCAGCAAACAUGGAAGUCAGAACUCCUCCAUUGUGAAAGUAGAGAUGAAAGCAUCUUGGACAGCAUUUCCCAGAUAUGUGAGAUGUGUACUUAUUAUUACUCCUGUUGCUCUGCUUCUGAUUCUCAUCACUGUUAUUGCCAGCAUAAGAUGCUACAAAAAGAGAAGAUUCACCUCAAAGAUUGAAUGUGAGGAAGAUGUACAGGAUCCCAUUUAUGCCAACUGUCCUGUGUUCAACAACAACCAGACACAAGAGAAUAAUGAGGAAAAUCUAGAAAUAGUCUAUGCGACUGUAAACUUUGACACCAAGAGGAAGACACACAUGGAGCAGCAGAUGACAUCCCAUGAUGACGAUGAUAUUAUUUACAGUGUUGUGUGCAGGAAGUGAAGCUGGAUUAUCUCGUAUGUUCUACUCUGAGAAAUACAGUGGUGAAAAAAGUUUUUGGACACCUCUUACAUUUGUGAUAUAUUGCAUUAGGAAUCACUGUUAAGUCACUGAAUGCUGCCAAGUAUUCGUCCGCUGUUAAACCCACACACACUUUUCUGCACAUGCUCUGUUCUAUCAAGGUCCAAACUGGAUGUUUCAGCAAGAUAAUGAAACACAUCCAGGACAUGUCAUUUUGAAACUGUCAGGAAUUUAGUUUUAGUAAUUUUUCUUGUUAGCAAAAAUAAA